AUGGACAUCGCCGUGGCACAGCCAGACGAGAUCAAUGGAGAGACCAUCGCCAUCCUCAUCCUCUUCAACUUUCAUUGCCGCAUCCAGCUCAGCGAUGAAGCGCAGGUCGCUCGAAAGAAGCUGCUGCUGUUCCUCAUGGACAAGGUCUAUCAGACGCGCUCGCCGUCACACUCCUAUGCAGCUUUCAUCAACGAGCUUCAAAGGACCAUGGACGGGCACGAGGAGAACGGUCGUAUCAUGACUGACUAUCUCGAUGGCAUGCUCCAUCUUCUCGAUGUGCCAGACGGCCUCACCAAGCUCUUCAACGAGAAGCUCAAUCGCAUCAUGCCAAGCUACGAGCCAAUGGGUGUACUCAACGCAUCGGACAUCUUCUUUGAGCGGAGAUCCUUCUUUGGCCUCUUCUUUCGCCGCACCAAGCUCAUCUUCGAUAGUCUCGACCUGCAGGCCAAGGACCACUUGACACUCGCAGCACGCGCAUGGAAGCAAGCUCCUGCAGACCUUGGGCCCGCCAGUCUCGGAGAGCUGCACUCGAGCGACGCAAGACUAGGCGCGUUUCGUAACUACCAGCUUGGCCUGCUUCGCGGCGACUACGUCAUGACCAAGGACAACAUGGAAAAGUUCUUCGACUUUUACGCUCCCGGAGCCGAUCGCGAACUUCAUCAGCACACCCUGCUGCACCUGGCAGCGUUUCAUGUCAACACACAGAGCUACUCUGCCGCCAAAGCAGCUUUGGAUGAAGCCAUCAGUCUCGCGCGAUCCGCCAACGACAGCGACUGCAUCUCUGCUUGCGAGAGUCUCAUGCUGCGGAUUCAGGGCGUAGGCACCAGCACCCUUGCUGCUGUCCCUGCUGCGGCCAUUGUCGACAGGCACCGAGAGUCUGUCAGUGAUGCAGUGUGGCAGGCGCGCUGCAGUCUUGCCAAAGGGCGCUCUGCAGUCGAGGUGCUUCAAGACUUGGAGGAGAGUUCUUCACCUAGUCAGCCAUCUCGGGAUACGCUGGCAGCCUCCGAAGCUUCGUUGGAGCUCAUGGAAGACGCCAAGCGACGGCUGGGUCGGGACGCGCUACAGAGCGACGUCGAGGUGGCUCAGCUUUGGAGAACACUGGGUCAAUCGGCACUAGCCGAUGUCUAUCGCAAGCGCGUCGAUCUCCGCAAGGGUGGUCGUUCCAUGUCGGCAUUGCAAGACGAGGCGGGGAUGGACUGCAUCUGCCACCAAGCGAAAAGCCUCGCACAAGCAGGUCGAUACGACGACGCGCUCGGCUUGCUGGUCUCGCCUUCCACUUUUUCCACCAUCUCUUUCAGCGAAUAUACGAUCUGGCAUGGCACCAUUGCCGACGUGCUUCGCCUGCGAGCCACACGCAGACAGGACGAAGCCGGCCUGCAGCUCCUCGCGCAAAGCUUUCCAUCGCGCGAUCUCGACAUUUCUGGCCUCGAUGUUGAAGAUGCCGUCGACACGCCCGAUGCUUUGGUCGAGCUCGCCUUGCGCUACCUCGAAUCCGGCAAAUCGAGCUCAGCGGAGCGCUCAUUCGGGCUGCGAUUUCAAGUCUUCGGCAAGCACACAGCAGAAGAGGCUGCGGAAGCGUUGCUUGCCAAAGCUGCCCAACGAACGCAGAGCAGUCAACCGAUGCUGUCGCUGAUGCCGACGCUUGCGGCUCUCUCGAUUGCCAAGGAUAUGGAUCACAGUCGCUUGAUCCUUGCCGCCCGAGUGCAGCUAGCUGAGACGCUGGGGAUCCACCUCAAGAUGCAGGACGGAGUGCGGUUGCUGAUGGAGUCCGAUCUGCCAAACUGUCUAGCAAACAACGAUGCUGAGCUGCGAGCGCGAGCACAAUGGACCUACGCACGCUUGCUGCUCUCGUGCUCGGACAAGCAAGACUCGCAAGACUUGAUCAGAGUGCUGCAUUGGCUGCAAGAAGCCGAGCAAGACGCGAGUCAAGCAGAGUGUCUCGAGCUUCAAACACAGAUUCUAUACUACAUGCUGCGGCUCCAUCAUCACCUGGACAACAAGCAAGAGGUGGACCGCGUGUCUGCGCGCCUAGAACAGUUCGAACGUAGCUGGACUCGCUCGGACGAGUCGCAGGAUCAAGUCUACCUAGAGCAGGUUCGCCAGAUCCUUGACAUUGUUGUGUCGGUCGCAGGCUAUGUGGCCAGCGGCGAGGCCGCGAGCGAGCGACUUGCUUCAGCAUGA